CGGCAGCAUGCUGAGCGCAGCCGCCGCACAAUGCCAUAUACAAACUCACCCGCGCAGUGGAAGUAGACUUCUUUACCUUCAUGCCACCGCAGCCAAAGAUCAGAAAAGCAGCGGUUAAACAUCAGCAGCCGCUCCGGUGAUCCGCUCUGCUUAACACAUUCAGUAAGGAGAUUUAUCACACGCAACCUGAAGAGAUGAGCAGCAGCAAGAAGAUGGAGGAUGAGGCGGUGCUGGACCGGGGGGUGUCCUUACUCAAGCAUAUCUGUGACGAGGAGGAGGUAGAGGGUCACCACACCGUUUACAUUGGUGUGCAUGUGCCCAAGAGCUAUCGGCGUCGGAGGCGUCAUCGUCGGAGAACCGGCCACAAGGACAGAAAGGAGAAGUUGACGGAGAACACCUCUGACAAGUCGGACACAGAAAAUAACGAUGAGGCCAGCAACAGCAUCCUCAAACCUCUCAUCUCGCCGGCAGCUGAGAGGAUCCGCUUCAUCCUCGGGGAGGAGGACGAUGGCCCGGCGCCCCCGCAACUCUUCACUGAGUUGGAUGAGCUGCUGUCAGUGGAUGGACAGGAGAUGGAGUGGAAGGAGACGGCCAGGUGGAUCAAGUUUGAGGAGAAGGUAGAGAAAGGAGGUGAACGCUGGAGUAAGCCCCAUGUGGCCACCCUGUCCUUACAUAGCCUUUUUGAAUUGCGGACGUGCAUAGAGAAAGGCACCAUCAUGCUGGACAUGGAAGCUUCCACCCUGCCUCAGGUUGUUGAGCUGAUCACUGACAACCAGAUAGAGAUCGGCCAGCUGAAAGCAGACCUAAAGGACAAAGUGAUGUACACGUUGCUACGGAAACAUCGUCACCAGACCAAGAAAUCCAACCUGCGCUCUCUGGCUGACAUCGGCAAGACGGUCUCCAGUGCAAGUAGGCUGUUUUCCAACCAGGAAAACGGUAAUACUGAUGCCAAUAGUCCCACCACAACUCACCAGAACCUGACCUCCAGCAGCCUGAACGACAUUUCUGACAAACCAGAAAAAGACCAGCUGAGGAACAAGUUCAUGAAGAAGUUGCCGAGAGACGCCGAGGCCUCCAAUGUGCUGGUGGGGGAGGUGGACUUCCUGGACGCUCCGUUUGUGGCGUUCGUUCGUCUGCAGCAAGCUGUGAUGCUCGGAGCCUUAACAGAGGUUCCAGUUCCCACAAGAUUUUUAUUCAUCUUGCUUGGACCCAAAGGCAAAGCCAAGUCAUAUCAUGAGAUUGGACGAGCGAUCGCCACGCUGAUGUCAGAUGAGGUUUUUCAUGACAUUGCGUAUAAGGCCAAGGACAGACAAGAUCUGCUGGCCGGCAUCGACGAGUUCCUGGAUGAGGUGAUCGUGCUUCCUCCUGGAGAGUGGGACCCAGCCAUCAGGAUAGAGCCCCCGAAAUCCCUCCCGUCCUCUGACAAAAGGAAAAACAUGUAUGCAGGAGGGGAAUCGCAGAUGAACGGAGAUAUGCCUCAUGAUGGAGGUCACGGAGGAGGGGGGCACGCUGUAGGUGACGAGCUGAAGAAGACUGGAAGGUUUUGUGGGGGUCUCUUACUCGACAUCAAAAGAAAAGCGCCUUUCUUUGUCAGUGACUUCACCGAUGGAUUUCACAUUCAGGUCUUGUCGACCAUUUUGUUUAUUUACCUGGGAACUGUGACGAACGCCAUCACCUUCGGUGGUCUGCUGGGGGAUGCUACAGAAAACAUGCAGGGCGUGUUGGAGAGUUUUCUGGGCACAGCAAUCACCGGUGGGGUUUUCUGUCUGCUGGCUGGUCAGCCUCUCACCAUCCUCAGCAGCACUGGUCCUGUUCUGGUGUUUGAACGGCUGCUCUUCAAUUUCAGCAGAGAGAAUGGCUUUGACUACCUGGAGUUUCGCCUGUGGAUUGGCCUGUGGUCGGCGUUCUUCUGCCUGGUGCUCGUGGCCACUGAUGCCAGCUUCUUGGUGCAGUACUUCACCCGGUUCACUGAGGAGGGCUUCUCCUGUCUCAUCAGCUUCAUCUUCAUCUAUGAUGCCUUCAAGAAGAUGCUCAAAUUAGCUCACCACUAUCCCAUCAACAGCGAAUUUAAGAUGGAAUAUGUCACACAAUACGACUGCCUCUGUAUGGCUCCUGCUGUUCUAGAGAACAGUACAGAUAUCAUCGGUGACCCAUUAGAAGGUACUUCAGUCUGGUACUGGAACAACACUGAUCUGCCAAUGAACGCCACAUGGUCGUCCCUCACAAAGACCGAGUGCUUAAAGUACAAAGGAGAGCUGGUGGGGAAGGCCUGUGAGUUUGUCCCAGACAUCACCCUCAUGUCCUUCAUUCUGUUCUUCGGCACUUACACCUGCUCCAUGUGUCUGAAGAAGUUCAAGACCAGCCCCUUCUUCCCCACCACAGUGAGGAAGCUCAUCAGUGACUUUGCCAUCAUCCUGGCCAUCUUCAUCUUCUGUGGAGUUGAUAUGCUUGUAGGAGUUGACACUCCAAAACUCAUUGUGCCAUCCGAAUUCAAGCCAACAAGUCCAAACCGGGGCUGGUUUGUUCCCCCGUUCGGAGGAAACCCCUGGUGGGUUUACCUGGUGUCGGCCCUUCCUGCCCUGCUGGUCACCAUACUGGUCUUCAUGGACCAGCAGAUUACUGCUGUGAUUGUCAACAGGAAGGAGCACAAGCUGAAGAAAGGAGCAGGUUACCAUCUGGAUCUGUUCUGGGUGGCCGUUCUGAUGGUGAUUUGCUCCUUCAUGGGUCUGCCAUGGUACGUGGCUGCCACCGUUAUCUCCAUUGCGCACAUCGACAGUCUGAAGAUGGAAACCGAAACAUCGGCUCCCGGAGAGCAGCCGAAGUUUCUGGGUGUGAGAGAGCAGAGGGUCACUGGUGUGUUUGUGUUCAUCCUGACAGGACUGUCUGUAUUUAUGUCUCCCAUUUUAAAGUUUAUCCCCAUGCCGGUGCUGUACGGAGUUUUCCUAUACAUGGGAGUCGCCUCUCUUAAUGGAGUUCAGUUUAUGGAUCGUCUCAAGCUGCUUCUGAUGCCAGCGAAGCAUCAGCCGGACCUGGUUUACCUGCGACACGUUCCUCUCAGGAAGGUUCACCUCUUCACCUUCAUCCAGAUCCUAUGCUUGGCUCUGCUCUGGGUCCUCAAGUCCACUGUGGCUGCUAUUGUAUUCCCUGUCAUGAUCCUUGCUCUGGUAGCUGUCAGAAAAGUGAUGGACUACAUGUUCUCCCAGCACGACCUCAGCUUCCUGGACGAUGUCAUCCCAGAGAAGGACAAGAAGAAGAAAGAGGACGAGAAGAAGAAAAAGAAAAAAGGAGGCAGCAUAGACAGCGACGCUGAAGACUCUGACUAUCCUUACAAUGAGAAUGUUCCCAGCAUUAAAAUCCCCAUGGACAUGAUGGAGCAGGAGCCCUUCUUAGGUGAUAAGGCGUCUGACAGAGAGAAGUCCCCAUCAUUCCUUGAACGACAUACAUCGUGCUGAGCAGCUUCGCUACUACCAGGCCAAUUACUUGUCCAGCCCCGAGAUGAGUCCGCUGAAGUCUGUGCCUCAGAUUAGAAUAGACAUGGACCCAGACGACGAUAAUUCAUUCUACUGGAAGAGAAGAGGUUCUGAAACGUCUCUGUAGAGCACCAAAUCCUGCAGCACCCGCAACACAACUAUCUAUUUUACUCUACUUUCCUUUCAACGUUUUCAAGACCUUAUUCUUAAUUAGGAGGUAUAGGGGAAAAAAAGGGAACGCACCAAGGAACAAACACAACGAUACAUUUCUAAUAAUGAAGCUAUUUUAAGGCCAUUUCUUUCCUCACAGUCUUCUCUUGGUAGUUUAUCUCACAGCUCCACAGUAAACAGUCUGACUCAAACACUGUUAAAUGUAACUCCUUACUACUCUUCUAUGCAACUCCUCCCACACGGCGCUGAUCAACAGUGAAUGCUGCAGCUCUCUCGGACCACGCAUGGACUGCCCUUCCUGCUUUUUUUUAUAUAAAUAUCAUCUGUCCGAAUUUUUAUAUAAAUUGAAUUACUCUAAUAACACUUUCCUGUAGCAGGAAAUUUAUGUUUUUUAUAGCUCUACCUCUUGUUUUAGAUUAAAUGCUUAUUAUGAACAAAUGCAACAUGUUGAUUUUUGACGCAGCAUGGGGUUUUGAUAUUUUCUCUCUGUCCUCUUGUAGAGUUGAUAUGAUUCAAUUUGCUGUAGGAAAUGUGUGCAAAUAGAUCUUUUAAGUUAAUUAACAGUUAACUAACAAUGCACAUAUAUAUAUGUGCAGAUGAGGUAAAUAUUUUUAUUAUCACUUUUGGUGCAGUCUUCAUUGCUUCACCUUCUCUUUCUAAUUUACUGAAUCUUUCACACGUUCACUUCAAAGCUUUUGUUUCUUGUUUAAAUUAAAUCAUGUCAUUAUCGUUUUUCUUUUUUUUGUAAUGAGUGUGUUGUGUGUGUAUGUUGAUAACCUUUUCACGUGUCCUUCAUUUUUGUCUUUGUGGGUAGAAAACAGUGAAGCGAUUACAUAAUCAUCCAAUUUUUCCUCAGCCAAACUUAAACUCUAACUAGGAAUGCAUAUCAUAUAAUUGCUUGUGCUGCACAAACUACUUUACCUAAGUGGCUUAUAAAGAUUGAUCCUGACUGAAAUUAUGGUAACGUUAUGAAAAAAAAAAGAAGGGAAUCAAAUCCAAGUAAGCUCCAUCAGCUGCUGUUGGAAUUAUCUGAUGUGAAUAUGGGAUCACGUUUUUGUUUUAUACAUUAAAUAAUUAGGAUGUUAAGUCUUAUGGUCUAAUACUCACAUGUCAUAUUGUACGUACAGUGAGGGAGUUAUUGGUCACUGUUAUGAUUCUUCCUGUUCAUACAGGCUGUGACGUGAUCCCUCCACAGAGGAACUAAACUCAAAGUUAUGUGGGACAAAUGCUGAACCUAAUAUGAGGCUUCUGCUGUUAAAGUACGUCCAGACAUACAAAGAGGCUGGCAGUCAUCGGUUCAAGUUCUGGUGGCAUGGUAAAUUAUGUCAUAAAGAAUUGCAAACCUUUUUUUUGUUGUAGAAAAUACGACAGAAUAAAAACAACCUGAAGUAUUUUUUUCAAGUUGGACACUGGAUAAACUUCUCAGCUUUCCAAAGUCACCACUGGGCGCUUUGAGUGUUGGUGUGUUUUUAAGGUCCAGUGCACAAUUAAUGGAAGCUUGUUGUUGUUUCCAGUGUUUGAAUCUGUAUAAUGUAGAAGAGGCCUGAGUCAAACAAAAUCUUCAUCCUGGUAGUCAUGUGUGUCAAGGUUCAUUACUGGUGUGAUGCCCUAGCAAGAAACCCAUAGACCAGGACAUAUCCUCCUGACUCGGCUUAGCAAAGAAACACACAGAGGGAAUUUCAUUAAUAAAAAAAGACCAUCAUGUUGGAGGAUACCCAAUGAUUUUUUAAAAUAGAAUACAUCUUUAGAAUACAUUUUUGCUCAGGAUUGUACAUUUUGUCGCCCAUCUUUGCACAGUGUAUAGGCAUUAGAAAGAUUUCGUGUCACGGCCAGUAUGGAAAGGAGGAGUGAUUGCAGCGACCAAUAAUUCUGUCUAUUUUUCUUUUGUUUAUUUUGUGUUUGUUAUUAUUAUGUCUUUUGGACCAGGUAUGUGUAUGUGUAUGUGAAAGCUUUGAUUGAUUGAUUGAUCACUGACAAUAUUGCAUGUGAGUGUUACGUUCAGACAGACUCUACAUAAAACUUCAAGUUGUUUUUAGGACUUAAACUACUAAAAUAAGAGAGAAGAUGUUGUAGGGAAUGCAAACUUCACAUUUCCUACAUAGUGUCUGGUGAAUCCACAGUCACAUAUAGAAAGGAUCACGCCUCUCAAAUCUGAUAACUUGACUUGUAUUGGCCAGUAUUAUCUACAUAGUUCAUUAUAACAGUAUCCCCACUUCAACUCUAAAGGGCACAGUUAGCACUUUCUCACAUCUAAGCGGGUCACAGAUUUAAUUUGACCUUUCUGUCUCCAUCACCACUAUAAAGAAUAAAAUUAAACCAUGUGAUAAAUGAGCCGCCUUCCUCGUCUGCAAAUCAUGUACAUAAAGGCACGUUGGCUCAAACCAAAAUGUAACAAGUUACCCUGUACCUUCAUGGUCUUUGUGUUUAAUUUGUUUCUGUCAAGUUGUUUCAGUUCAUCAGCCGAAGUAACGAUAUCAUUUGUACUCCACAUCAGUGUUUUUAGCCGUCAACAGCAGACAGUGGAAACAAGUGUGACUUAAUGUCUGAGACAUAUAAUGUGGGGAGUUGUUAGUUAAAAGUGUGAGCAUGUCGAACAGAAAUCAUGAAAUUAAAUAUAAUGUUAGCGUACGGGAUACUGAUAUGUUUUUUUGUUUUGUUUUUUAAAUUAACUUUUUUUGUGACUUUUUAGAACAGGUGAAAUGGUUUAUUUUAGAAUUUAUAUUUUUCAAAUGAAAUGUAUAUUGAAAAUAAACAGAAUGAUCAAACCGUGA